AUGUCUCAAAAAAAAAUAACAACAAGCAAGUCUAAGCUAAAUAAUGAGAAAUAAGCUGAAAUAGCUUACAACUAAGAUGUUGCCUAGAAUAAAAUCGAGAGGAAAAAUAACGAAACACUAUUUCAUUUUCUACAGAGAAGGACAAGCUUUUCGCUAGCCAAAAAAGUGAAUGAAAGUAAAAGAAAUGCGAGUUUCCAUGAAGGUAAAGGAUUAAAUAAAUCAGCAUUAAUAUCUGAUUCUACCAUCAAUAAUGCUGAUCAUUUAUCUACUUCUAAAAAGAAGAAAAUUUAGUUUCAAGAUAACAACAAAGACAAAGAGGAUAAUUUCUGGAGCUCUUAACAUGAAAAUAGACAAAACAACCAUUCAAUAGACUUAUUUCCAAUAACUCCAACAAAACUAAAAGAUUUUUUGAAAUCACCUUCAAACAAUGUCAGUGUAGAUGUGUUGCAACAAUCUUCUUCCAAGAAAUCUAUUUUAGGCAACAGUGUGUUACUAUUUAAGAAUCAUAUUUAAAAUAAUAACUAAUAGAAAGGAAUAUUGCAAGAUAUUGUUACGAACAAUAACAGCAUAUAAAUUGAUGAUUUGUUUUCUUCAGCAAAAAAAGAAAACAACCACUUUGGACUUGCUGAAUCAUUCUAUGAAGUUAACCAAUGCAAUAAGUCUUCAAGAUAUGAUUUAGAUAAUUCAAAGAGGAGAGAUUAAAGUGAAGACAAUAUGAAAAAGAGCAUUCUAAAAAAGUAAAAGAAAUUUAACAAAAAUGAAUAUUAAGAAAACAAAGAAAAUACAACAUCAAACAAUUUAACUGAAAAUGAAAAAACCAUGUAAAAUAGUAUCAUGAAUAGGAGCUAUGUCAAAGAAUAAAUUAACAUUUUAAAGGAAAAAUCGAAUUUAGAUUUUAGUGCCUUCAAAUAGAACUUCUAAAGUGAAGUAGAAUUUGGAGAGAAAAAAAUUAAAAGCUAAAUUUAAAAACUGUUGAAUUUUGUUGGAUAAAGUCUUGGGUAAAUAGAAUAACUUAAAAUGAAAGUUGAGGAGUCGUUUGAAAUUUUUCAAUCUUUAGAUAGACAUGUAUUAAAUAAUUAUCAAUUCUUUUAGGAAGUGCCACACUUUUUAGAAAAAUAUAAAUCAGUAAAAAGCAGUUUAGGAUUGCUUAAGAACUAUGCAUAAAAUGUUGAAAUUAAUUAAGAAGAGUUUGAUUAAAGAAUUUAAUUCUUUUAAAAUGCUUAUAAUUCAUAAGUAGAAUAAGCGAUUAAGGAGACAUAAACUAAGGCUUUGAAACAAAAUAAGUAGGAAAUUGAAAAUUUAGAAAGGUAAAUAAAAGAAGUAGUGGUGAAAAAUGAGUAUUUAACUUAAGAAAAUAAAAUACUAAAAAGCAGUUAAGCUCAAUUAAAUAAAAAUAUUGAUUUUAAUUCAGUUAAAAAAAAUAGCUCUUCAAUUUUUAUUGCAGAAGAUUUGUCAUAAUAAGAUUGUGAUUAUCACCUCAAAAAAGAAAAUAAAAAGCUUCACAGUAAAGUCGAAGAACUUUUAAGCGAAAUUUAUGAAACAUCUAAUAUAAAUGAAAGCAUUUAAUAAAAUUUAAAGAAUUAAAUCAAAAGAAACGAAGUAGAGAUAUCUGAGUUGCGUUCUGAAAAAUAGUAAUUCAUUAAAGACUUGUAAUAGAUUGAAAACGACUACUCUAAAAAGGUUAACCAUUUGGAAUAACAAUUAAAAAAAUUAUAAAUAAAUUAGCAGGGCAGAGAAGAUAGAAAUCAAUCGAAUAACAGUAAACUUUCUAAUGAAAAUUUAAUGAAUUAAAUAAGAGUACUAAAUGAAACUCUAGAAGAAAAAGAAAAAAUAAGAUUGAAACAAAAGAAAGAUUUUGAAUAUGCAAGUGAUAUUAUGACUUAGGAAAUAGUUAAGUUAAAAAAAGAAAUAAAAUAGCACAUGCUAGAAAAAGAGUCUUUAUAAAGAAAGUUUAGUGAAUUUAUCGGCUAAGCAAAGUAAUUAGAAGCUUAUAUGAACCAAAAUGAAUAACUCCUAAUGUUAAUAAAGUCAAAAGAAGAUUAAAUAGACGAUUUAUUUUUAAUAAUUAAAGAAAUUAAGUCUAAAAGUAAAGAAAUGGGAUUCGACAGAUAUUUGAAAUGCUACUUUAAAAAAGCUAAUAUAUCAGAUCAAAAUAUGCAUGAAAAAAAACCUUUUAAAAUCUGA